AUGGUAAGGAGGAUGAGAUCAGUCAUGCCAGGUCUAGUGGGGGAGAUCCAGAGCGCAUUUGUGAAGGGACGAAAAAUACAUGAUGGAGCUCUUAUUGCAUGUGAAACAGUGCAUUGGUUAAGGACAAAGAGGAAGAAAGCGGCAAUUAUCAAGUUAGACUUCCAGAAGGCUUAUGACCGGGUAAAGUGGAGCUUUGUGGAUAUUGUGCUACAGAAGAUGGGCUUUGGAUGGAGAUGGAGGGAAUGGGUGAAGGAGUGCCUGGGUACAGCGAUGGUAGGGGAGGCAAUCAGGAACAAACGUAUUUUGCCACUACUGGUUGGAAAGGACAAUAUAGAGUUAUCACACUUGCAAUUUGCAGAUGACACUAUAUUGUUAUGUCCACUAGAGGAGGAGACCAUCAGGAACUAUGCCAGAUUGCUAAGAUGCUUUGAGAUGAUGUCAGGGCUAUCUAUUAACUUUGAUAAGUCAAGCUUAAUCCCAAUAAAUUGUGACCAGCAGUGGACUUACAACAUGUGUAGCUUAUUGGGAUGCAAGGAGGCUAGUCUUCCAGUCAGAUAUCUCGGUAUUUCCUUAGGAGAAAAUCCGAGAUUGGUCAGGACUUGGAAACCGAUAAUUGACAAGGUUGAGGAAAAGCUCAGCUUGUGGAAGGCAAAAGUUCUCAAUAAAGCAUGUAAGCUUGUACUUAUCAAAUCUGUGUUAAAUAGCUUGCCAGUGUACUAUUUGAGCUUGUAUAAGAUGCCGAAAGCUGUGGCAGAAAAGUUGAUAUCGUUGCAGAGGAGGUUCCUAUGGAGCAAGGAGGAAGGCAGAAAUGGUUUGGCACUUGUAAAGUGGAAGAUUGUUCAGGCCCCUAAAAAGGCGGGUGGGUUGGAGGUGGGUGAUGCAGUGAUUAGAAACACUGCACUUCUGUUCAAGUAG